AUGGAUCCUCUUCUGGAACAAGUUUUGGCGGGCUUCAACACAACCCUGAGCACUUCCAAUCGGACUGACCCCCUUGAUAAAUUCUCAGGAACCCAGCUGCUUCUACGCUUCAAACCUUUAUUUAUUCCACUCUACGCCUUAGUUGUUGUCGUGGCUGGUGUCGGGAACGGUUUCCUUCUUGCCUGCAUUCUGGCAGACAAGAAACUUCAUAAUGCCACCAAUUUUUUCAUUGGCAACCUUGCUGCUGGGGACUUGCUGAUGUGCCUAAGCUGUGUGCCGCUAACUGCAUCGUAUGCAUUUGAUGCACAGGGUUGGGCAUUCGGACGUCCGAUGUGCCACCUUAUUCCUCUGGUACAAGGUGCAACAGUCUUCGCCUCUGUACUAUCCCUCACCGCCAUUGCCAUGGACCGAUAUGUGGUGGUAGCGUACCCAGUGCGGAGACGUAUCUCUGUGUGGGGUUGUGGCGCAGUGGCAUUGGGUGUCUGGGCAGUUUCGUUGGCCCUUGCCGCUCCCCCUUCCCUCCACACUCGCUACGUGGACCUGCGACCCAGUGGGAUGGAGUUGGUAGUGUGUGAGGAGUUUUGGCUGGGUGCAGAACGACAGCGCCUACUCUACUCAUGCUUCUUCUUACUGGCAUCCUACAUGAUCCCACUGCUGUCUGUAAGCAUCUCCUACUGUGCCAUCAGUGUGCAUCUCCGCAAACACACAUUACCUGGAGAGCCUUCCCAGAGCCAGCAGCGCUGGAGCAAGCAGCGCCGCAAGACUUUCUCCCUACUGGUGGCCUCAGUUCUUGCCUUUGCUCUCUGUUGGCUCCCAUUGCAAGUCCUCAAUCUUCUUCUGGAUCUAGACUCGGACUUCCAGAUCGUGGACAAACACUAUGUAAAUGUGCUGCAGGUUAGUUGCCAUCUGAUCGCCAUGAGCUCAGCCUGCUACAACCCCUUCAUCUAUGCCUCGUUGCACAGUAAGGUCCGCAUGCACCUUCGGGGUUACCUGUGCCCCUGCAGGCAUAGUGGGCAGGACCUACUGUCUCGCUGUGCCUCCCGCAAUCCCGCCACCUGCCUGACACUCAUUUCUGAGAUAGCGGUGAAGGAGAACCAAUCACCCGAGAGCCCCGUUCCUGACAGCUGCCUCUGAAGAUACAAGACACAUCAGCACAGACUAUUCAGAAGGAGCACUCAGACAUUAAGGAGGUUUUUGCAGCACUGGAGUGGUAUUCCAGCCAAUAUUCGAUGUUCUUGUCUGAGAACUAAGGGUUUU